AACACAAAGACUUAGUAAACUUACCAGAAGUAAACCACCAUGCUAGCAAAGAUGCUAACGCUACUUGACAUUCAUGUUGCCAGUUAGCCAUGUAGCUAUCAAAUACGGUGCUUGUAAAAGUCAAAAGUAGAAUAUACAGACAUUGGUUUAAAGGUAGAUAUACAACGAAGCGCUAUAACAAAGAAAGAUGCAAGCAGGUGACCCAGUGGUUGGUGCAGCCAUUGCAGUAGCUGGUGCUCAGAGUCGGUCUGAGGAUGAAGAGUCUCUUGGGGUGAAAGGUGUAAAAAGAACGGUGACACAAGCGUUUGGGAGUGGAGUUCCCAAACGCAGAAGUUCCUCCAGGUCUAUCAAGAGGAAGAAGUUUGAUGAUGAGCUGGUGGAAAGCAGUCUGGUGAAGUCAUCCAGUAGAGUUAAAGGCCCUCCUGUCAUAGAACCCAUCCGCUGUUCAGGGAGUGAACCUUCAUCCAGCGAGAAGAAAAAGUUGACAAAAUCAGGAACUGCUCUCACACCACCUCUCACUAUGAUGAUAAAUCCCGCACCCAUCGCCAAAAGAGUGAAGAAAAGCAAGCAGCCACUACAUAUCACUAAAGACCUGGGCCGGUGGAAACCCACAGAUGACCUGCUGCUUAUAAAUGCGGUUUUGCAGACCACAGACUUGACAUCUGUUCAUCUGGGGGUCAAGUUCAGCUGUCGUUUUACUUUACGGGAAAUUAAAGAGAGGUGGUACGCUCUGCUCUACGACCCAGUUAUCUCAAAGCUGGCGUGGCAGGCCAUGCGGCAGCUUCACCCAGAAGCUAUUGCAGCCAUUCAAAGCAAAGCUCUCUUCAGUCAGAAUGAGGAGGCACUGCUGGCUAAGAUCAGUUCAACCAGUCAGCCCAAACUAGAUGUGUUUCAGGAGCUUUUGGGCAAACAUCCCGGUGUUUUUCACCCAUCUCGCACUCCCAAGAGUCUGCUGGUACACUGGCAGCUGCUAAAACAAUACUAUCUACUGGAUGAUCAGAGUGUCCAGCCUCUCCCUAAAGGCGACCAGGUCCUCAACUUCUCUGAUGCCGAGCAGAUGGUUGAUGAUGUGAAGUUAAAGGAAAGCAGAGAUGAGGUUUUGGAACAUGAGCUGAUGAUUUCUGAUCGCCACCAGAAAAAGGAGAUCAGGCAGUUGGAGCAGGAGUUGCCUCGUUGGCAGGUCCUCGUGGAUAAUAUAACCGGGAUGAGCAUGCCUGAUUUUGAUAACCAGACACUGGCGGCACUACGGGGGCGAAUGGUACGCUACCUCAUGAGAUCUCGAGAGAUUACAUUGGGCAGAGCAACUAAGGACAAACAGAUAGAUGUAGAUUUAUCGCUAGAGGGGCCUGCCUGGAAAAUAUCAAGAAAACAAGGAAUUAUUAAACUGAAGAAUAAUGGCGACUUCUUCAUUGCCAAUGAGGGCAGACGACCUAUCUACAUAGAUGGCAAACCAGUCUUAUCAGGCAGCAAGUGGAAACUCAACAAUAACUCGGUGGUGGAGAUUGCAGGUCUUCGAUUUGUGUUUCUAAUUAACCUGGAACUGAUCUCGCUAAUAAAAGCUGAAGCAGCCAAAAUGACGCAGCAGUGAAGGGCAGCCGUCCAGCUGACUCAGGACACGCUGGUCGACAAAUGGAGCGGUUCCUUUGCUGGAUAGGUUAACUGUCGUUCACAAGGCAGAGCAGUGCUACCACGAACUGACAGCCACCUGACAUGUCCAUGUUAAGCUCCAGAGAAACCCUGGAGGAAAAUAAUAACUGGUUUUAUUUGGUGUUUGGACAUUUUUCAUGUUGUAAUGUAGCCACUCUUGUGGUAAAGACUUGCUUUCUCUGGGUUUUUCCAAAAUAUUGUAUUUAAAUUCUGUAGUAAAGCUUUGUAAGAACAUGAAACCUGUAUUGCAUGUAGUCACUUUACACAUGAGCCUAUAUAGAGUUUUACAUUCUGAUAGGAAGUGACUGCUCAGUCAGACGGAUGCUACAAACUUUUGACUGUAACUGUACUUCACACUGACAGUAGGUUGUGCUACAGAGAACUGUAGAGGCAGAUAAUGCCUAAAAUAUAAUGUCUUAAGAUAUUAAGUCAUUUACAGCUCCAGAUUAACAGCGCCUCACUGUGCAAACUUCACACAAUCGGCCUUUACUCCUAAACUAAUAUUUAUUAAAGGUGUGCGUAUGAAGGUGAUUAGGGCCUGAUCGUUGCUGAGCAUUAUGUGGAAAUGUCAGGUAGAGCUGUCCUUUCCUUUGAGCUGAUAUAUCUGAAUGAACAAGACAGUUUGGUUUAUUCACAAAGUGUUGUGCACUACAACAACAAAUCACCUGAUUAAUUCAUACACCCACAGUAGCUGCAUGUAUCAUUACCAUAAAGCACAAAAUCUAUUUCUGACUGAAACUGUUCUCAUUAAACAUAGAUGGGUGCGUUCCUGCAACCACUGUUGCCACAGCAACUUGGUUCAUUCACUGGAUUUUUCCAAAUGUGUCAGUCCUGAUAAUAUUAAAGCAGGCACAGACGUUUUACGAUGCACUGGUCAAAUCCUGACUCACUUCCUUUGCAACCUUAAUUUUUCCAUGUAUGAAUAAAACUAAAAGAAGCUGCAUUUGAGUGCAAUGGGAAACAAAGGUUUUAAUACCACAACCAUGACAUUUGUGUUUGUUUUGUCUACAGUUGAAGUAGGUUUUCACUGGAACUGUUGUGUUUUUGUCUAUGUUCCCAGUUGCUGAAAAACCUUUAGUGGUGUGAAUGGUUUGCCAAGUCUGCAUCUGUUUAUACUGUAUGUACUUUACACAGCAGAUGUAAGGCCAAGGUGGACUGUGCUGCACUAAUCCUGUUUUCUGCUGGCAUUUGUGUACAGUACAGUCUGAGCUGAGAUUUAAAAUAAAAAUGUAGAGGACAUGCUUUGACUCUGCUCUACAUAAAAACACUA